AUGGCUGAAUCACUUCAUAUAAAUAAUCUUAAUCCUCGUCUAAUUCAUAAUACUUGUGAUCGACCCGAUAUCACGCUGCAAUCAAUUAGUGGCUAUGAAAAAUUGGAACCGGUUCCACUAGAAAUCGCUGUGGAAUCUAUUCAAUCGCUCUUUCCUGAUCUACUUCAAGACGUUUCCAUUGCGAAAGCUGCUACGAAAACACCCACCGAUGGUCUCACACCCGAUGAAUCUGCUGCGAUUUAUCUUUAUACAUUAGAUAUGAAACCACGCAGUUUGUAUUUAAUUCUUAACGAAAUAUUAUUUUAUCGUGAUCGUCAAAAAUUGAAACCUUGGUGGCCUUAUCUCAGAUUAUUUUUUAAUGGUCUCUUCAAAAUUUCGUCCUAUACGAUGAAAAUUAUCUGGCAUGGUGUUAAGGCUGAUUUACAUACAAAAUAUGAGACCGGUAAAUGCUAUAUUUGGUGGGCAAUCACAUCAUGUGCUCAAUCAAUCGAUGUACUUCGUCAUCCUGCUUAUUUGGGUGAAACCGGUGUGAGAACCGUCUUUUCGAUUGAAUGUCUCAAUGCACGACCGAUUAGAGCCCAUUCAUAUUAUCAACGAGAUGAAGAGAUCUUACUUUUACCAGGAACAUAUUUUGAAGUUCUCAGUAAUGUCAAUACAGGUCAUGGUUUACAUGUUAUUCGUUUACGAGAACGUCCACCACCUUAUAUUCUAUUAGAACCACCAUUCUCCACUGUAGGUACAGAGGCGGAAAUGUCGAAUAUUGAUCAAAUUCUUGAAAAAAAUUAUGUGAUGAACAAGGAUAACUCAGAGAUGCCAAAAUUAUUGAUAAUUCUACCCGAUUCAUCUUGUCGAUGGGAAUUAGAAGAUGUCUGGAAGAAUAGCUUUCUUCUUCAUCUUGUUUGUGAAUGUUCGGUCAAUCAUCUCCAUUUUGCUCUACAUCCUGGUUAUUCACUGCCAAAUGCUCGAAUUUUCUUUCAAAUCUAUGGAUUGUAUCUAAAACAGUACAUGAUUCCGUUGGCUCAAUAUCUUCUCCGACUAAAAAUGGUCAAUACAGUACAAGACGCUCGUUUCUGGUCGACUUUUCAAACUGGUCUCAAUAAGAUGAUGGAUAUUCUCAAUCGAGUCGAAUCGAGUCCAAUCACAGCAGAAGACACAUCGAAAUUGAAAAAUCUUGUCGUGCCAGAAUGGACGACGAUUGGCAAUUUAUAUAGAUCAGUAACAAAGGACAUGACUAUUCGAUGGGUAUGUAAGCGUCAUUAUCCGGCCGAUCAAUCGCAAUUGAUUCGUCGUUUGCGAGAUAUUGAAGGCAUAUCAUUUGAUGAACAGGAAAGUGAAAUGACCAUCAGUGGACGACUAGAUCCAACGCAAAUGUCACGUUUAACUGCGACUCUGCAACGAGGCUUGCGUAUUUACACGCUCAAUUAUGUCUAUCAUUCACCACCACUCGAUCAAUUGAAUAAAGCUUUCUGUCGAGCCUCGAUUAAUACUGUGUGUCAUCAUGGUUUUCUCUCCGAUGACAAUGACAAGUCAAAUAUGGAUCGAAUUCAAAAAUUGUGCAAUCAAGUCAUCACUUCAAAUGUUUUCAUACGGCAAGCUAAAGUUACUGAUGGAGGUGGUUGGUCACGAAAACGAGCUGGUAUCCGAGAUGCGUUGAAAUCCAACAAUAGACUACGUUCUUUUACCUUUAGUGGCUCUAUGACCAAUCAAGGUAUCACAGAGAUUAUGGCAACAUUGAAAACGAAUAUGGUCUUGACAACAUUAAGAUUCAAAGAUCGACCACUACCACCUCAUGGUGCCGAGACUUUUGCCGAAUUGAUACGAUCAAGUGGUACAUUGAUUUGUUUGACUUUGUCGAAUACGAUGCUUAAAGAUGAAGGUCUUCACGUGAUUAUCGAUGCAGUCUGUGCUAAUCCCAUCAUGCAAACAUUAGAAUUAUCAUUCAAUCGUCUACAUGAUAAGAGUAGUUCAUAUAUUGGUUAUUUGUUGAAAGUCUGUACGAGUUUACGAAAUCUUGACAUCAGUUACAACGAGUUCAGUGCUAUUGGAGCAAGGCGAAUAUUUGACAAACUGAAACUUAAUCAAACACUCGUACAUUUCAAUAUUGGUCUGAAUAAUUUAGCUGUAAGAAGUGGAAAACAAACGAUGCCAUCGAAAGUGCCACCUGUUAAUGGUGGUGAAUUGAUCGGAGCAAUGUUAGCAGAUAAUAAUACUCUGAUCACCUUGGAUAUUACUCAUGUAAACAUGUCGGAUUUUGGUGUACAAGGAUUGGCUGAAGGUCUACUGAAGAAUCGAACAUUGACACAUUUAAAUUUGACAUCGAAUAAAAUUUUCGAUGUUCAACGACGAGCGAUCUUGGAUGCGAUGCACAGCAAUUAUACGUUGUUGAGUCUUGAUCUGUCACAUAACGAUAUGGACGAUGGCAGUGUCGUACGAUUAGGUGAAAUGCUUCGAAUCAAUAAGAAAUUACGAUAUCUAAGAGUGAAAGCAUGUCUCAUUGAGGAUAGUCGAAUGUAUAGUCUUGUUCGUGCCUUACAAGAUCAAUUGACAUUAACACAUCUCGAUCUAUCAAAAAAUAAGAUCGGUGAUGAUGGAGCGAUCAUGAUUGCUGAUAUUCUUUCAAAGAAUAAUACAUUAAUCUAUCUGAAUAUUUCUGAAAAUCGUAUUACUAAUCAAGGUAUUCAAACAAUUGCCAAUGCUCUAGAAAUGAAUAUUACGUUACGCCAUUUGGAUAUUCUUCUUCAGCAAGACAAUAUCACCGUCUUUGCCAUGGUUACCUUUCGAUCUAUUCGACCAGACUUGGUUGUCAGAUAG